GGUGCACCUACCAUAGAACUGAAACGUUACCGAACGAGACAGUGAACUGCCCUGAUGGUUGCUGUACGGUGGCACCUCUUUCAGUAGUUAGCUAUUUCCACAAGUUCGUACGCAUCUGAAUACUCCCAUAGAGCAUCCACGGUACGAUUUACCAAUAAUAUAAUUGUCCCCUCGGUGUUGGCACAGUUCAACGGAUUGGUAGAUCAAGGAUUAUGAUGGAAAACUCCCCUUCCCCGCUACCCGAGAGAGCCAUUUACGGAUUUGUCCUCUUCCUCGGUUCUCAGUUUGGUUUUUUCUUGUAUUUAGUGUGGGCAUAUGUUCCAGAAUCUUGGCUGCAUUCAAUUGGGCUGACCUACUGGCCUCAAAAGUACUGGGCACUUGCUGUGCCGAUCUAUCUCCUGGUAGCCAUAACCAUGUGCUUCAUCCUUCUAUUCGGUGUGAAUAUGAUGAACACCGCUCCCCUCUGCUCUGUGGACACAGUUACAGAUGGUUAUGCCCGAAGCCAGCAGGCGGAAAACUCUCAAAAGGAGGCGAUACCCAGGUUAAAAGACAUCUCCAUUAGUGAAGUGAACAGAAUUUUUUAUCUCUCACCUCAAGAAUAUCAUUAAACAAAAAAGUUAAUGCAGUGGACUUUUCUCAACCCAA